CUUGGAGGUGAUUGGGCUCCCAGGCGAGACCCCAUUACGUCAGUAUCGACGUAACAUCUCCGUUCUCUCCUUCAGGGAACGAGGGUUACAAUAGUAACCUAGACGUUUUCUUUUUUUCUGUCACAUUUUCUGCUCUCUCUUUCUCUCUGCUAAUGUAGGUUAAGCUCCAGUGACAUGAUUUUCACAAAAUGUUCUUUUGUUAAGCAAAAUGUGUAUUCAGAGAUUGUAAAUUACACUCUUAAAUGACUUAACAAUAGAAUAAUGUACAAGAUUUUCUUGCAUUAAAAAUGUUUACCUUUUAAAUGUAAAUUUUUCUAUUGUUUCUACAUUGAUCCUAUAUAUUAAUCUAGAGUGAUAAAUUCACUUAUUUGUGGAGUGAGGAUGGAUCCAGACUUGUAUUGUAACUAGUAUCCUCAAAUGCUCCUUUUUGUUCGUUUAUAUCAUUAAGUUUCUAUGUUUUUAGUGGUUUAUUAGUGAUUGUAUGCCGUUUAUUCAUGAUUCAUUUAACUCACACAUGAACUGAACAUGGAUUUUUCUCUUUCUGUCUUCAAUCUGAGUGGAUGCAAUAUUGCAGAGAAACAGUGUCUCAUCCCGACUUUAGCUCUGAAAUCAAACCUGUCACUCCUGAGAGAGCUGGACCUGAAAUGGAAUAAACUAGAAAACACAGGAGUGAAGCACUUAUGUGACUUACUGAAGGAUUCAUGCUGUAAACUGGAGAGAUUAAGUUUACGCCGCUGUUAUAUGACAGAAGAUGGUUGUUCUGCUCUGACUUCAGCUCUGAAAUCAAACCCGUCACACCUGAGAGAGCUGAACCUGAGCUGGAAUAAACUUGGAGACUCUGGAGUGAAAAAACUCAGUGAUCUACUGAUGAACCCACAGUUCAAGCUGGAGAAACUAGAUCUGAGUUACUGCAGUAUUACAGAGAAACAGUGUGUCAUCCUGACUUCAGCUCUGAAAUCAAACCCGUCACACCUGAGAGAGCUGAACCUGAGCUGGAACAGAAUAGGAAACACAGGAGUGAAGCAAUUAUAUGACGUACUGAAGGAUUCACACUGUAAACUGGAGAGACUGAGUCUACAGAACUGUGGCAUUACAGAUGUUUCUUCUUUAACUCAGACUUUGACUAACUCAAAAGCACUGCAGUUUUUAAAAGAUCUUGAUCUGAGUAACAAUAUGAUAGGAGACUCAAAGCAGUGGCUCUGUGACGUGCUACAAGACUCAAACUGUGACCUGAGAGUAGAUGAAGAUCUGUGAAAUCAUCAUGAGAGGAUCAGUAAUCAUCAGGUGGAACAGGAGGAAGAAGCUCAGAUGAGUCUGUCAGCAGAAAUCUUCAGGCUCUUCAGUAUCAGGCCUACAAAUAUAAUAAUGUUUGGAUUGAACUCAUCCAUAAUGAUUAUAAUAUUUAUGAUAUGAUAUUUCAGACCAACUAAACAUUUUUACCAGUUAACAGCAUUUGUGUCUUUCACUCGCUCUGAUAGUCUAAUGUAUUUGUUUAGCAAUUAUAAUCUCUUUCAC